CUUAAGGAGCUGUAAAUAUUAGCAAAUACUCACAAAGCCAAAGCUAGCAGAUUAUAAGAUGGUUAAGCUCGCCGUGCUUACUAGCUUGCUUGCAUUAAUGCUGAUCGGUUCUGCGUUCAGCCAAGGUGCGCCUGCUUACCCUCCAAGCCCAAGCCCAAGCCCGGUGAGCUCAGACAGGAUGACACAUCCUCCAAGUGCGAACCCAGGCCUGCCCAUGAAUCCUCCGAACGUGAGCCCAAGCCCGAGCCUGCUUGCUUAUCCUCCUACUAGCACUGGUCCAAGCAGGCCGAGCCCAAGCGCACCCGCUUAUCCACCAACCACAAGCCCACCCAUUUCUCCUCCGUCAAUUUCGAUCGUGCCAAGCCCAAGAUCACCCAUCCAAGCCCAACCCGUAUACCCACCGAGUUCAAGCACACCUGCUUAUGAACCCAGCCCAAGCCCAAGCAAAAUCGCUUACCCACCCAGUCCAAGCCCACAGAGCCCGGUCCCUGCUGCUAGGUCACCCAGCCCUGCCUCAAGUCCACAACGGUCUUAUCCUCCUAGCCCUAGCCCUGCCCCAGCAGCCGUGUACCCUCCUUUCUCAGCCCCACCCAUUAAUCCUCCCAGCCCAAGCCCAAGCCCAACCCCUCCUUCUCCAGGCCUUACCGUGGGCCACUACAAGUAUUCCUGCCCCAACGCGGAAGAGAUCGUCAGGCAGGCCGUGAAGGCCGCCACGGACAAGAACCUGGGCACCGGCGCCGGCCUGAUCCGCCUCUUCUUCCACGACUGCUUCGUCCGGGGAUGCGACGCUUCGGUUCUGCUCAACACGACGGGCACCGGCGAGCCGACGGAGCGGCAGGGCGCGCCGAACCUGACGCUCAGGGGCUUCGAGGCCAUCGACGCGGCCAAAUCGGCGCUCGAGCUCGCGUGCCCGGGCGUCGUCUCCUGCGCCGACACGCUCGCCUUCGCCGCCCGCGACGCCGCCUUCUUUCUCGGCACCGGCGGCGGCGGCGCGUCCCUCCUCGACUUCGCCAUGCCGGCCGGCCGCCGCGACGGGCGCGUGUCCCUGGCAUCCGAGACCGUCCCCAACCUUCCUUCCCCUUCCUCGACCCUGGCCCAGCUCGUGGCCAGGUUCGGCGCCAAGGGGCUCGGCGUGGGCGACAUGGUCGCGCUCUCCGGCGCGCACUCCGUCGGCCGCGCCCGCUGCUCCUCCUUCUCCGCCCGCCUCGCCGAGCCGUCCGCCAUGGAUCCCGAGCUCGCGAGGUCUCUCUGGAUGCAGUGUGGCGCGAGCGGGGAGUCCAUGGUGAUGGAGGAUUUCAGGACCCCUGACGUGCUCGACGCGAAGUACUACGAGAACGUGGUGCGAAGGGAGGUGCUGUUCGGCUCUGACGCGGCGCUCAUGGCGUCGGAGGGCACGACGGGGAUGGUAGUGGAGAACGCGCGGGUGAGCGGGCUCUGGGAGCGGCGGUUCGCGGCGGCCAUGGUCAGGAUGGGCGCCGUCGGGGCCAAGACCGGCGUCGAGGAUGGGGAGAUCAGGAAGAAAUGCUGGAUCAUCAACUAGCUGCUCGCUGCUAGUACGUGUGGGUGUGAUGGUCUUUUGUGAUUGUGUACCACAUUAAUUUAUCUAUUCUAUUCGUUGCAUUUGCAUAGUGAUUUCGCUUUCUGAAUUCUGAUGCCCGGGAUUCAGGGUAUUUGUUGACGUUGAAAUAGGUACAGACAUAUACAGUUACAAAAUAUUGAAGUUGGACAGGUGAAUGUAACCGAAAGUACAUACUAUCUUGUACAGUAGUAAUUUACAGAUUUUCUCAUA